AUGAAGUCCACCGUCCAUCUGACCAUGCUCCUGAGCCUCACCCCCCUCGGUACCUCUGCCACAUACGUCAAAUUCAUCAACCACUGCCCCUACAACAUGUAUUUUUGGGCCGUCGGCCCCCCAGCCUCGAACAUUGACGGCAGCAACGCCUUCUGCAGCAUGGUGCCCAGCCACGGCGGCUCCGUUAUCCAUGGCAUGAUUGACACAGAGAGGCUGGGAGGAGGGAUUUCCUUGAAGAUGAGAGAUCUGCCGUACUAUGCUGUUGCGCCUGCGGGCAUCAUUCAGGUCGAGUAUCAUCUUGAGGGGAGCAAGGGGAAGAUGUGGUAUGAUCUUAGUGCUGUAGAUUGUGAUUUGAGGGUUGGGCCGGAGAAUCCGAGGUAUUGUCCGCUCAUUCGCGGUGGUGUGAAGCUCUACAUUCCCAACGUACCCAACAAAAAGACUUGCCCAAAGGCGUACUGCAAUAAGGACAAGUGUUGGAAUACUUAUGUCAGCCCGGGUGGGUUCCAAGACGAGCCGAGCUUCAUGUGCUGGGCGGGUGCUGAUAUCUUUGUCGAGACUUGUACCGACAGCCCUGGAGUCCAAACGUUCUUUGGCAAGGAGCCAAAGGCUGCUGAUUCCGUUCACCAGGCCAUUCCUGAACAGGUUGUGCAGCCCCCUAUCAUCUCUCCCAAUGGCCUCAUUAUCUCACCAAAUGGUCAAUGCGGCGGCACCACUGGCUUCACCUGCAACAGCUCGCAACACGGCGCCUGCUGCAGCCCCUACGGCUACUGCGGCGACACAGCCGCUCACUGCAACCCCGGCUGUCAAUCUCCCUUCGGCUACUGCCAUGAUAUAUGGAAGAUUCCUCCGAUUCACCCCCGUGUUGCGGCCCCUGAGCGGUCCAUUGUCACAAAGAUUGCAAACGCCUUCACUUCGACGACCACUGCGACCGAGACCGAGGUCGAUUGUGACACGGUUAAACAUACUGUUACGAAGGUUGUGAAGGCCACGAUGAAGCCGGGUGCGCAGUUUACGCCUCCGCCGCUGAGGAGGAGCUGCCCUCACGCAUCGCCAGCGACAACUCCAUCUCCGAACGCCCAACCCAGCUCUUCCGCACACCGAACGACCGACUCCCGUCGAACUUCACAACCGCACAAAAUGGACUCUGCUAAGGCCCCCGUCAACCUCGUCAAGGUCACCCGUGUCCUUGGCCGAACCGGCUCCCGUGGUGGUGUCACCCAAUGCCGCGUCGAGUUCAUGAACGACCAGACCCGUUCCAUCAUCCGCAACGUCAAGGGCCCAGUCCGCGAGAACGACAUUCUCUGCCUGCUCGAGUCUGAGCGUGAGGCCAGGCGUCUGCGAUAA